AUGAAUCAACUGGAGUUAUUUGUUGCUAGUUCAGAAAGUGCCAGAUCGGAUGCUUGGCGUUAUCUUCGGCGAAUGAGAGAAUUAGACUCUCGUAUUGAAGAAGACAUGAACCGUCUCCGUGAAAUUGCACAACUUUUGACGUCUUCAACUUCAAGGCAUGAAGUAAAAGAAUCGGAUAAAGAUCAUCCAAAACCAUUGCGUAAAAAUGCCAAACGAGGUCGCCCUCCUCUUUCUAAACACCGUGAUCCUCCCAAGGUGGAUGUGGUAAACUUGACUGUAGAUGAAAAUAGCAUAUCGUCUGAUACCUCUGUUAUAUCUAUAGAACCUCAUAGGGCUCAAAUGCUUGUUGAAUAUCGUUUAUGCCGACGUCGGGUCUUACGACAGGCACUAGAGAGGGAGAAGGUUGCAGAGGAAUUAAAGUCGUGUGGGGCUGAGAUGUCUGAGUGCCUGGCUGCACGUAUGGAACAAUUCUCAGAGACAUUGCAAAAAACAGGGGGUUUGCCUACAGAUGCUUCUUCCUAG